AUGGCACCCAAAUCGAGAUUCACACGGCUCGAUGCCUUCACCAAGACUGUCGAAGAUGCCCGCAUUCGGACGACAUCCGGAGGCAUCGUGACAGUGACCUCCCUCUUGCUUAUAUUGUACCUCGCCUGGGGAGAAUGGGCGGACUACCGAAGGAUAACAGUACACCCCGAGCUUAUCGUCGACAAGGGACGAGGAGAGAAGAUGGAGAUACACAUGAACAUUUCGUUCCCGAGGAUACCGUGUGAGCUGCUUACGCUCGACGUGAUGGACGUCAGUGGGGAGGUCCAGACCGGUGUCAUGCAUGGUGUGAACAAGGUACGCUUAAGGCCGGAGUCUGAGGGUGGCGGUGAGAUCGAGAAGAAGGCAUUGGAUCUUGGUGUGGAAGAGGCAGCACAACAUCUGGACCCAAACUACUGUGGAGAGUGUUAUGGAGCACCGGCGCCGUCGAAUGCAGUAAAGUCGGGCUGCUGCAAUACUUGUGCUGAAGUAAGAGAGGCAUACGCUGCUGUAUCUUGGUCGUUUGGUCGAGGCGAGAACGUUGAGCAGUGCGAGCGUGAGCACUACAGCGAGCACCUGGACGAGCAGCGCAAGGAAGGAUGCAGAAUCGAGGGCGGAAUCCGUGUCAAUAAGGUCGUGGGCAACUUCCAUUUCGCGCCAGGCAAGAGCUUCAGCAAUGGCAACAUGCACGUGCACGACCUGGAGAACUUCUUCAACUCGCCGGAAGGAGUGCAGCACACCUUCACGCACAAGAUCCAUUCUUUGCGAUUCGGACCACAGUUGCCAGAUGAUGUGGUGAACAAGGUGGGCAAGAAGGGUAUUGCAUGGUCAGAGCAUCAUCUCAACCCACUCGACGGCACCCAACAGGCGACGGACGAGAAGUCGUAUAAUUUCAUGUACUUUGUGAAGGUCGUGUCCACUGCAUACCUACCGUUGGCUUGGAAGCCAUCCGGUUCGGUUCUGGACUUGCCACAUGAAUUGGUCGAGCUUGGAGGAUAUGGCAAGGGCGAGGGUGGCAGCAUCGAGACCCAUCAAUACUCUGUCACAUCACACAAGCGCUCCUUGCAAGGCGGCGAUGCCAAGGAGGAAGGCCACAAGGAGCGUCUGCACGCUAGAGGUGGCAUUCCCGGAGUGUUUUUCUCAUACGAUAUCUCUCCCAUGAAGGUGGUCAACCGCGAGGCCCGGACCAAGACCUUUGCCGGCUUCCUUACUGGUGUUGCCGCUGUCAUCGGUGGCACCCUGACAGUCGCAGCAGCUGUCGACCGUCUGUUUUACGAGGGUGGCCAGCGAGUCAGGAAGUACCACAACAGCUAG